CUUCUCCAAGCUGUUCCCACAAAGCUGGAAGCAAACAUUUAUAUAGAAUGUCAUUGUACGCUUGUAGGCCCAAACCUGUCCCAGCAUGACAAUGCCCCUGUGCACAAAGCCCGCUCCAUGAAGACAUGGUUUGUCAAGGUUGGAAUGGAAGAAACAGAACACGGAAUAACAACAAUUUACACCGAGCAUCCUGUUCAAAAGUUUGCACACUCCCCCGGCUCUUAAUGUAUCGUGUCGGCUUCUUGAGCAUCGGUGAACGUUUGCACCUUUUGUAAUAGUUGUGUACGAGUCCCUCAGUUGUCCUCGGUGUCAAAUAUGCAGAAGAUGCUGGAAAAGUAGUUUUUCUGAAGAACAGUGGGUAGUUUAACUGCUCAGGACAAACAAGGGACUCAUGAACAACUAUCACAAAACAUUAAAACAGUUGUCGAUCUUCCAGGUAACGACACACGGUAUUAAGAAUCGAGGGUGUCAGAAGUGGCUGUGGUGGAGUUUCUGGUUAAAUUCGUUCCCGUGAUCGAGCUGAAGAGAAGCAGAAUAUUAGAAUAUUAGAAUAUUAGCAGAAUAUACUGAGAAGUGACAUAUUAGACUGAAGUUUUAAUGUGAUCCAUUUAAAAUCGAAUGUAAACAGUGUAGCUUGUAUAUUUCUGUAGAAAUAAGUCUACAUGGAGCUAAACUGAUUGAUGCAGUAGUUUAUUUUGUAAGUUACUUUUGUAACUGUGACACCAUCACAGCAUCCUUGUAGAGUUACCCCACCUCCAGAGGGGCAGGACUCAGACAUCUUUCACUGCUUAUUUAAACCUGAGUGUUUCUACAGCAGUAGCAGGACAUCAGUAGGGAGACAGAAACGCACCAUGAGCCGCCUGUAUCUCCUGUUUUUGGGUGUUCUGUUAGCCGAACUGAACGAUGCGACUGCUGCUGUAACAUGUGCUCCUGGAUUUAGAGUUUCAGGCAUGUCCUGUAUAGAUGAAGACGAGUGUGAGGACGAGCCAUGUGGUCUGAGUGCAACUUGCAUCAACACACAAGGCAGCUACUACUGUCAGUGUGUAACGGGGUUCUGGACAAAUAAUGACAAAGUUAAUUUCACUGCAGAGGAAGGUGUAGAAUGCAGUGACAUUAAUGAAUGUCUGGACAACAACAUCUGUGGCCCUAAUACUAACUGCAAUAACUCUAUUGGCACCUUUUACUGCACGUGUCGUUCUGGUUUUGUGGCCAGCAACGGACAGGAGCGGUUUAAUAAAAGCCAAAGUGUUACAUGCGAAGACAUUAAUGAAUGUCGGGACAACAACAUCUGUGGCCCUAAUGCUCAGUGCAGUAACUCUGUUGGUUCCUAUUACUGCACGUGUCGUCCUGGUUUUGUGGCCAGCAACGGACAGGAGCGGUUUAAUGCAAGCCAAAGUGUUACAUGCAAAGACACCGGGGCAGGUUCCAAGUCCAGCGCCGGACUACAGCACUUUAAUCUGACGCUUCCCACAUUUCUACCCGUGAUUCUCUGGAUGUUGAUGAUCUACCAGUGACGCAUUUACAUAUCUUUAAAUCUUAAUCUUAAAAUCGAAAUCUUAACAGCAGGAGAAAACAAAGUUUGACUGUUUAGCUUGUAAAAGUUUCAAAUGUUAAUGAAAAAUGUUUACUUAAAGCAGUAUGUAUAUUAAAAGUAUUAAAUACUCAAACUAUUUUUAAAAAUGCAUUGUGAGUUUUAAAAAGAGUGACAUUAAUUAAAUGCAAACUGAACUGCACAAUCCAGAAAACUCGGAAACACGCAAGGAUUUAACAUUUUACGUGACUAAAUUUGACUAUUAUAUUAUGUUAUAAAUGGCUUAAGAUGCCAUGAUCAUUGCAGGGUUAGGGUCACAGUCAACGCUAAAAUCCUACCUGAAGAAAAAAUAAAUUUAAAAAAAUCCAAAUACUGUAUGUCGCUUUUUAAACCUUUUUAAAUCUUAAAUGUAAAGUAUUUAAUGAUGCUCUUAUAUGCACUGUUAACCAUUUUAAUAUGUCAAAAAAUAUAUCAAUAAACAAGCAAAUAAAUAAAUACAUUUAUAUUAACAUCUGCAAAUCUAAAAUAAAUCAAUGCUUUUAGAGGUAUUACAUAUAUAUAAAAGAUUCUACAAAAUUAGGCAGUCUAAUAAGAAAUAGGUAUUAAUGAAUUGAACAUUUAAAAUCAUUUAAAAAUUUUUAUUGUAAACCAUAUUGCACCAUGGGUGAUCACUCUCAUUAUGAGCUCACAGCACACAAUAUAAUAAAUAUUUCUCUACAAUUUAUACGGGCAUGGAUUAUGCAGCUUUUAUCUCUCUUUAAUUAGCUUGUCUUUCAAAGCCUUCUUUUAAUAAACCAUUAUUUAAAAUCGGAAAGGUUCAAUAAUGUGCUUUCUUAGGUCCUUUUUGUUUAUGGCUUGUACAAAAUGCUUGUUUCUUGUUUUCAUUUCUUUGCCAGACAUGUGCAAGUUUUUUUUUUUUAUUAACCUAAUACAUACACAAUGGACAUUGUGCUGUGUUUUGUUAUGCAGUUAAGAAAGAGGAGAAAGUGAAGCUAGGACUGUCAUAUAUAGCUGGAAUUUAAAGCUGGAGUGUGGACAAUUACGUGACAUCCUUUUUUUUUUGGUGAAUUUCUGGUGCUUGAAUAAAAUGUUGCUUCUGUA